AUGGCAACUUCUCUUGAUGACGUCAUUUAUCAACUCAUUCACAAAAAUGAGACAAUUAACGAAUCUCGACAAUCAUGUGCGUCGCUAGAGGGCGCUUUAGCGAAGAUCAGCAGUCAAGAAGUUCAGGACCACAUAGCUGAGUUGAUGAGCCAAGAGGAAGGGGAUUACUGGUUUGAUGCUUCGGACGAUACAAAUGAAGACGAUUGGUUGGAUUCAGACGGUGUAUCUUUGUUUUUCACCAACUGGGAUGUUGAACCAAACAACAACAUCGAUAAAAACUGUGCAUUGAUAAGGUAUAAAACUAAUUUGUCAAUUUGUCAAGCUGUGGGAGUUAUAGACGAUAGGGAUUACUGGUUUGAUGCUUCGGACGAUGCAAAUGAAGACGAUUGGUUGGAUUCAGACGGUGUGUUUUUGUUUUUCACCAACUGGGAUGUUGAACCAAACAACAACAUCAAUAAAAACUGUGCAUUGAUAAGGUCAUCUGUCAAUCAUCUAUGGGUUGAUGAAGAUUGUAAUCGUCGCCAUUACUACAUAUGUCAGUUUGAAGUCUGGGAUAAAAAGCUUGUCAUAAGGGAGAGCUCUAGUGUUGUUGUAACCGAGGAUAUUCCGAGCUUAACUGAUGUCACUACGUCAGUUUGGAUACGGACCAACUCUUCUACUGCAGGGAUGUGUGUUCUCCUACUCGCUACCGAAUCUGUCCGAUGUCUUCAAGUUUUGUAA